CCACAGGGACUACAGAUACCCAGAAUGGUCAGGAAGCCUGGGGCUAUGUGGCAGUGCGCAAUGAUGCUAGCAUGUUCUGGUGGCUUUACUAUGCAAACUCUCCAACUCACAGCUACUCUGAGCUGCCUCUGGUCAUGUGGCUGCAGGGAGGCCCUGGAGCCUCGGGAACAGGAUAUGGGAACUUUGAAGAGAUUGGGCCACUCGACAAGAAUCUGAAUCGGAGGAAAUAUUCGUGGGUGGAAGCAGCCAGCCUGCUCUUUGUGGAUAACCCAGUUGGCACUGGUUACAGUUACACCACCAAUGCCAAUGCCUUUGCCAAGGACCUCAAUAUGGUCGUCUCGGACAUGAUGAUUCUGCUGAAGGAGUUUUUUCUCAAGAAGCCGGAGUUCCAGAACAUUCCUUUCUACAUCUUCUCUGAAUCUUAUGGUGGUAAAAUGGCAGCUGGCAUUGCUCUGGCACUGGUUCAGGCAGUGCAGCGGAAUGAAAUCCAUUGCCGUUUUGCGGGUGUGUCUCUGGGAGAUAGCUGGAUCUCGCCUCUGGAUUCUGUUCUCUCCUGGGGACCAUAUCUCUACAGUAUGUCUUUGCUUGACGAUCGGGGCCUAGAGGAGGUGAAUUCCUACGCAGAUCAAGUACAAAAGGCUAUUGAGGCUGGGAACUACAAACAAGCCACUGACCUGUGGGGGGCCACUGAGUUUGCUAUUCUGAGGAACACAGACGGAGUGAACUUCUACAAUAUAAUGACCAAGGAGCCGGCCGAUGCUGUGGUAGAGAUGGCCGUUCCCAUGAAGAAUCACUAUUUAGUUAACCUGUACAGUAACCAUGUCAGACGUCUGCAGAAGACGAGCCUGGAUGUUCUGAUGAAUGGACCUAUAAGAGACAAGUUGAAGAUCAUCCCCAGCUUUGUCCGUUGGGGAGGACAGUCCAAUGCCGUCUUUAACAAUAUGGAGGAGGACUUCAUGAAGCCAGUAAUCGAUAUUGUGGAUAAGCUGCUGGCUGCUAAUGUAAAUGUCUCCGUCUUUAAUGGACAGCUGGAUCUGAUUGUGGACACUGUAGGGCAAGAGGCUUGGGUGAAGAAGCUGAAGUGGCCAGGCCUGUCCUCCUUCCUGAGUGGCCACUGGAAGCCAUUAUACAUCCCAUCGAAACCUGAUGAGGCAGCUGCCUUCUUCAAACAGCAAAACAACUUCUCAUUCUACUGGGUCAUCAAGGCAGGGCACAUGGUUCCGUCCGACCAGGGAGAGAUGGCGCUGAAGAUGCUACGAAUGAUAACCAGACAGGAGUAGCAUGUUCCAACCAGUAGGGAUGGACGGUCAUUGGAACAGCCAAGAUUUGUGGGAUGACAAAUUAAUGCAUUGUGCAGAAUUUUACAUUGGGAAUGGGAUUAUACUUGUAAUCCAAGUUAAUUAUUGGGAACUGUAGUAAUGUACCCCUAUGGCAAUUCAUACUCUUAACUUCCUGAGGUUCUUUGAUGGAACUGGAUUUAAUGCUAAUAAAAACUAUUUUAAG